GCUUAAAACAGAACGCCAGGACGCGUCAUAAUGGAAGUCAAACAGAUAACGUUCACGUUCGAAAUCCUGUCAUGACGACAUCUCAAAAUUCGAAUAAAUCACCACUUUAAAAGUUAGUUUUAAAGCCACACCUCUAUCCACGGCUCUGUUGUAAACGUAUGUGGAUUUUAACAUCUGUGUGGCAGUAAAGUGCAGUGGGGGACGCAGUGUGCUCGCCUCGCAGACUUUGCCCUAGAGCGUUAGUAUAAAGAGAGUUAUUGGAACACGACCCGUUAUUCCCAUCAGCUUAAGGUGGACUACAGACACUCAUUAGUUCACGAGCUUUUCCCACUCUUUCCCACUGACGACAGCAUCCGCACAGGACUGAGCACUGAAAGAAACAUCUGUCUGAAGACUAAAGGUUGGAGAUGGAGGCCUUUAAUCACAGAGUUAACACUUAUGUUGACUCUUGGAUGGGACCUAGGGAUCCUCGGGUUAGAGGAUGGCUUCUACUGGACAACUACAUCCCUACUGUGGCCUUCACUGUCAUGUACCUUCUGAUUGUGUGGAUGGGACCAAAAUACAUGAAGAAUAGACAGCCCUACUCCUGCAGAGCACUGCUAGUGCCGUAUAACCUCGGCCUGACACUUCUGUCUCUCUACAUGUUCUAUGAGCUGGUAAUGUCAGUGUAUCAAGGUGGAUACAACUUCUUCUGCCAGAACACCCACAGUGGAGGAGAGGCCGACAACAGGAUGAUGAACGUACUUUGGUGGUAUUACUUCUCCAAACUCAUUGAGUUUAUGGACACGUUCUUCUUCAUUCUGAGGAAGAACAACCACCAGAUCAGCUUCCUGCACGUGUACCAUCACGCCACCAUGCUCAACAUCUGGUGGUUCGUCAUGAACUGGGUGCCGUGUGGCCACUCCUACUUCGGCGCCACGUUUAACAGCUUCAUCCAUGUGCUGAUGUACUCGUACUAUGGCCUCUCUGCUGUCCCAGCCAUCAGACCGUAUCUGUGGUGGAAAAAGUACAUCACUCAAGGGCAGCUGGUCCAGUUUGUCCUGACCAUGUUCCAGACAUCUUGUGCUGUGGUUUUUCCAUGUGGUUUCCCAAUGGGCUGGCUGUAUUUCCAGAUCACUUACAUGAUCACUCUCAUCUUACUCUUCACAAACUUCUACAUAAAGACCUAUAAGAGACACGCGGGAUCUCGGAAGACCGAUUACUCGAACGGAUCAAUAAACGGUCACACCAAUGGGGUGACAUCCAAUGAGAAGGUGAAAUACAGGAAACCGCGCACAGAUUGACGACACUCAGUCCGCUCACAGUCCUGUUAUUAAUAUCAGUCUAUCCACUUACCACGCCACAGCCAUUUCAUCUUUAAGAGACUCCUGACAUUUUUGCACACUGCAACCUCAUGUUAUUCAUAUUGAAUCCGGAAAUGAAGAAAAGCGAGCUUCGGUUAGUGUA